CUUCUCUCCACACCACAAAACACCAGAAAUUUAUUUUAUCUCACUUCCUAUUUCUCUUCCACAACUAGAGAGAGAGAGAGAGGGAGAGAGAGAAAAAUGGGGAGGAAGAUACAAUGUAGUUGGAAUUUGAGUUGCUUGCCUCUUCUUCUUCUUCAAAUAUUCUUGCUUACACAAUGUUCUGCAUCAAGAUGGCAAAAGGUUCACAAAAUUGAGACCGAUGGCGAUACAUAUUACCCUCCAGUAAAGUUGCAUGAUUUCGACGACCACGUAGUGUUGGACAAUGGCAUCCUCAAUGUGACUCUGUCAACCCCAGAGGGCAUGAUCACUAGAAUAACAUACAAUGGAAUUGAAAAUCUACUCAAACAAGAGUACAAUGAAAACAACAGAGGGUAUUGGGAUCUUGUUUGGAGCUCACCUGACCACCCUAAAGAAAUUUUUGACAAGCUUGAUGGGACUAAUCUUUUUGUUGUACACGAAGACGAAGAACAAGUGGAGCUCUCGUUCGUUCGCACUUGGGAUUCUUCGCAGACAGGGGUUCCUCCCCUCAACAUUGACAAAAGGUUCAUAAUGCUGCGCGGGUGCCCUGGAUUCUACUCGUAUGCAAUAUUUGAGCGCCUCGAAGGCUGGCCGGAUCUUCACUUGUCUCAGGGGAGGAUAGUGUUUAAGCUACAAGAAAAGAUCUUUCAAUACAUGGCAAUAUCGGACGACAGGCAGAGGAUUAUGCCAACAAGCGAAGACCGGAACAGAAGCCAGGUUCUAGACUACCCGGAAGCAGUUCUAUUAACGAAUCCAAGCAACGCUUUCCUCGCAGGAGAGGUGGACGACAAGUACCAAUACUCAAGCGACAACAAGGACAGUCUGGUCCACGGCUGGAUAGCCACGGACCUUCCAACAGGGUUCUGGAUCAUCACCCCGAGCAACGAGUUCAAGACGGCCGGGCCCAUGAAGCAGGACCUCACCUCGCACGCCGGCCCAAUCGCCCUGUCUAUGUUCUUCAGCGCUCACUAUGCCGGCCUGCCGCUGGAGCUGGAGUUCCGGGGUGGCGAGCCGUGGAAGAAGGUGUUCGGACCCGUGUUCGUCUACUUGAACUCGGUCCAACCCGGCCAAGAUCCGCUCUCAUUGUGGCCUGAUGCCAAGCAACAGAUGCUCGUAGAAACGCAACAUUGGCCGUAUGAUUUCCUGGCAUCGGACGACUUCCCUCGUGCCAAGCAGAGAGGCAGAGUAAGCGGCCGGUUACUUGUCCGCGACAGUUUUAUCUACAAACGCCUUAUGACCGCUAGCAAUGCAUACAUUGGACUUGCUUCCCCCGGGGAUCUGGGAUCAUGGCAGAGAGAAAACAAGGGCUAUCAGUUCUGGAGCCAAUGUGAUGCUUUAGGAUACUUCAAAAUCAAUAACAUCAGAGCUGGGAACUAUAGCCUCUAUGCUUGGGUGCCCGGGAUCAUUGGAGACUACAAAUACAACGUUCCGAUCAACAUCGAAACUGGAAGCAAGAUUAGGCUGAAAAAUCUUGUGUAUGAUCCUCCGAGGGAUGGGCCUACAGUGUGGGAAAUCGGGGUCCCUGACCGUUCUGCUGCUGAGUUCUACGUGCCUGAUCCAAACCCGGCUCUCAUGAACCAGCUCUACAAUGUCCACCCCGACAGAUUCAGGCAGUAUGGCUUGUGGGAUCGUUACACGGAUCUGUAUCCGGAUGGGGAUUUGGUAUAUUCAGUCGAAACAAGCGUUUAUCAGACAGAUUGGUACUUUGCUCAUGUGAAUAGAAACAUAGGAAACAAAACCUAUGUCCCAACAACAUGGAGGGUUCUAUUCAACCUCACAGACGUCGACACAUCAGCAAACUACACCCUGCGGAUUGCACUGGCCUCGGCCAACGAUGCUGAGCUGCAGGUGAGGAUCAACGCGGAGGUAGGAGAGGCUCCAUGUUUUACGACGGGGCUAAUUGGGAAGGACAAUUCGAUUGCUAGACAUGGAAUCCAUGGACUGUAUUGGCUUUAUAGUGUGAGUGUAAGAGGUUCUGUUCUUGUUUGUGGGCAAAAUGCAAUGUUGUUGACUCAAUUGAGAGGAUCUAGCCCUUGGAGAGGGAUCAUGUAUGAUUAUAUUCGUCUGGAGGGUCCAUUUUCGAAUAUUCAGACAUGAAAAAUAUAGUCUCUUAUACUA